UUAAGGAAAACAUAUAACUCUCUCUCUCUCUCUCUCUCUCUCAAGUUGUUUCUUGAGUCAUAGUAGCCAGCACUUCUCUUUUCUGAUAUAUACAGUAGGCAAUGAUGGCAAUGGCAAGGACUCUAAGGAUUGUGCUCUCCCUCGUUAUGCUUCAUUUCUUAAUAGUAGAGAACCAUGCUACUACCAUUACUGAGGCUCCAGCACCACAGCCCCAAGGCAGUAACAACCACACGAUGAAUGGAAUUACUGAAGGCAGCCUUCAACCUCAAGAGUGUGGUCCGCGUUGCUCUACAAGAUGCUCAAACACACAAUACAAGAAGCCAUGUUUGUUUUUCUGUCAAAAGUGCUGCGCUAAGUGCUUGUGCGUGCCUCCAGGCACCUACGGGAACAAGCAAUUCUGUCCUUGCUAUAACAACUGGAAGACCAAGAGAGGAGGCCCCAAAUGCCCUUGAGCUAGCUCACUCCUUGUACAUAUAAUUAUGUUUUAUUCCUAUUUUUCAGGCUAUUUUUCUUUU